AUGUCAACGCCAAGAAGGGUGGUCGUCGUCGCCGGCCAGAGCCUAAGCCACCUCAUCUCCAUGCUGGAGUUCGCCGCGAUGUGCCUCCGUCGCGGCCUCGCGGUGACCGUCGCCGUCCCGGGCCCAUCCCUCACCGCCCCGGCCUUCCGCUCCACCAUCUGCCGGUACGCCUCCCGGCUCCCCUCCCUCUCCGUCCACUCCCUCCCUCCCCCUCCCAGCCUCGACGCCGCCUCCGCUGCCGCCCACCCGUUCAUACGCAUGCAGGCGGCCUCCCGCUCCCAGGCACCUGUCCUGCGGGACUUCCUCCGUAGCCUCCCCGAUGUCCACGCGCUCGUGGCCGACAUGCUCGCCGUCUGUGACAUCGGCGUAGCCGCGGAGCUGGGUAUCCCGGGGCACCUGUUCUUCUCCACAGGCGCCGCCAGCCUCUCCAUCUUCCUCCAAUUGCCUUUGUUUUGCUCCCGGCACGCCGGAAACUUGAAAGAUCUCGGCGAUACGCCCGUGUCGUUCCCCGGCAUGCCCCCGAUGCCGGCGUCUCACUUGGUCGACGCGGUGCUCGACAGCGGAACGGACCUGUACGCGACUGUGCUGGACGUAUUCGGUCGGGUCGCGGCUGCGAGCGGCAUUCUUGUGAACACCUUCGACGCGCUGGAGGGCUCAGCGGUGGCGGCGCUUAGAAACGGGCGCUGCCUCCCCGACCGCGCCACGCCGCCGGUCUACUGCGUCGGGCCGUUGAUCGCGGAGGGGGCAGAGGAGGAGGAAAGACACCCAUGCCUCCCGUGGCUGGACGCGCAGCCCGAGCGCAGCGUCGUGUUCCUCUGCUUCGGCAGCCGAUGCACGGUGUCGCUCGAGCAGAUCAGUGAGAUGGCCAAGGGGCUCGAGAAGUCCGGGCACAGGUUCUUGUGGGUGCUGCGCGCGCCUCCUGCCUUCGCUGCAGCCGCCGGCGGACCGGACGCGGCGCUGUCCCUUCUCCCGGAGGGGUUCUUGGCCGGGACCGCGGACAGGGGCUUCGUGGUGACUGCGUCCUGGGUGCCACAGGUGGAGGUGCUGCGUCACUCAUCCACUGGUGCGUUCGUAACCCACUGCGGAUGGAACUCGACGCUGGAGGCGGUGGUCGCCGGUGUGCCAAUGGUGUGCUGGCCGUUGGUAGCCGAGCAGUGGAUGAACAAGGUGUACAUUGUCGAAGAUAUGAAGGUUGGCGUGGAGGUGAGAGGGUAUAAGCGCGGGGGGCUUGUCAGGGCCGACGAUGUUGACGCGGCGGUUAGGCAGAUCAUGGACAUGGAGCCGGAGAGACUGCGAGCACUCGAGGAGCCGAUCAUGGCGGUAAAGAAGAGCGCUCACGCAGUAUGGAAGGAAGGUGGCUCCUCCUACACUGCAUUCACCGAGUUUAUGAAGCAAAUGGAGUGA